AUGUUAAAUCUGACCUACCAGACAGUGGCUCUGGUGUUCUUGCUGGUAGUGGUGCCAUGGGCAGCUGCCCAGGGUGACUACAGCUACCAGGCUCCGUCAGUAAGGGGACCCGACUUUGCCUCCGGCCCCGCCCAGUACAACUUCCAGUGGGACGUCAACGAUGCACCGUCAGGUAAUUUCUUCGGCCACCAGGAGGAAAGAGACGGCGACAUCACCAGAGGCAGUUACUAUGUACGGCUGCCUGACUCUCGUCUCAUGCGGGUUGACUACUACGUUGACAGCACCGGCUAUCAUCCCACCAUCACCUUCGAGGGAGAGGCUCAGUUUCCCAGCGGUCCUGCAAGUGUUUACUCCCAGCCCGCUCAAGCUCCUAGGCAAGUGUUUCCACAGCCCGCCCCAGCUCCUAGGCAAGUGUUCUCUCAGCCCAUCCAGGCUCCUAGACAGGUGUUCUCUCAGCCUGCCCCAGCUCCUCUACAGCCUGUCCCAGCUCCCUCGCAGUUAUACUCAGCACCAGGAAAAUAA